AGUAGGUUUCCAUCUGAAUUGCCAACCCAAUUGAUUACUCGAAAUAUUCACCGCGGUUUUGAAGACACUCUAUUAAAUCUGUAUUGAUUCCUUUCACAAGGUAAGCUGGGUCAUUGUUCAAGCAAACGGACACCCCCCCCCCCCCCGGCAGCGAAGACUCGCGGUCCUUUCACGUGUCAACACACACAGCGAAACUGACAAACUUCCUCUCCAGGCAACACGCACAUUUAUCCUCUAGGACUCGGUAAUUUCAAAACCCAUGGAUCCUUCACCAAGCGCCAACUCCCUCCCGCCGGAAGCAAUCGCUCUCGCGGGACGAAUGUACGACGCCGCGCGGAAAGGGGACCUCGCCAUCUUCCAGCAGGCGUUGCCGGCUGGGUUGCCGGCGAAUAUGACGAAUGAGAAGGGUGAUACAUUGCUCAUGCUCGCCGCAUACCACGGGCACGCGGACCUGGUGAAGUUGCUCAUCCAGCACGGGGCCGAUGCGAAUCGGUUGAAUGAUCGGGGGCAGAGUCCGCUUGCUGGGGCGGUGUUUAAGCAAGAAGACAAAGUUAUCGAGGUUCUACUCGAGGGCGGCGCGGACCCUGAUUUUGGUGCUCCGAGCGCACUGCAGUGUGUUGCUAUGUUUAAGCAGGAGGAGAAGUGGCAGGCUGAAUUUGAAUCUGCGCCAGGUCGGGGAAAGGCUGUUCCGGAAUCAUGA